UCAGAUAAAACGAAAACAAUUGAAUUAACAUUCAUGAUCAAAAACAUUUGAAAGAGGACGUGUUUGUUGUGAAAUAGUGAUCAAAACAUUUCCAUCAUGGGAGUGUACUGCGAAAUCAACUUGUGUAAGCCAGUGGAUGGAGUGUACACGCCAGGAAGCACAGUUUCUGGUAAAAUCAAGUAUUGUUUGGACAAAGAAACUAUUUUUAGUAAAAUAAUAGUGUCUCUGAAAGGGCACGGAUGGCUGGUACUUGACGAUGACUUCCAGAAGUCAAAUGAUCAACUGUGUACAUACAGGAAUUCGGAAAACUAUGUAGAUGUAGAAAAUAUUAUUUAUGAGAAUGUAAAAGGAAAACCAUUGCCUGCAGGAAGUUAUGAGACUGAAUUUAACUAUCAACUACCUCAAAACAUACCAGGUUCACUAAAAUACGUGAACAAGAGCCCUAAAUACACAGUUUGGUGUAAUAUAAAAUACUAUGUCCGCAUAAAAUUUGAUAAGCCAGAGUUAUUGAGCUUUAACAAGCAUUACAAGAAGAAAAUAACUGUUGUUUCCGGAGCGACUCCAAGAUUGCCAACCGAACCAACCGUUUAUGGAGAACAGACUAGUUUGUUUCAAUUAGGCUCACUCUUGUCAAACAAGAAGAGCAUUGUGAACAUUAAAGCUACCAUGGCUAACUCCGUAGUGAAACCCGGUGACACUGUUAAAGUUGAUUAUGAAGUUGAGAACAACACAAAUCUUACUUUAAAGGCAGUUGAGAUAAAAUUAGUUCAAGUUGAUUCCUUUACAGUAAAAGGAAAGAAAGAUGCAAGAAUUGUUGAAGAUGUCAAGGAAACUGAUAUUAAAUAUGGUGCCAUGCAGAGUGGCGAAACCAAAACCUUCUCGGACGAAAUUACCAUUGUAGCUGGCUUGGCAUCAUUAGAUCAUUCGAAGAUUAUAUCCAGAGAUUAUGCCGUAGCUAUCACGGCUGUGAUACCAAUGCCACACCGUAACUUAGUGCUGGAGAUACAUGUACAAGUGAUUGAGCGACUUGAAAGUUCUUUGGAAGCUAGUGGGUCUGCACCACCUUCUUAUUGGGAGGCAAUGGGUGAAGAAAAAAAGGAACUACUGGGAAGGGAUGACAGUUCUGAUGAGGAGAAGGAAAAAUCUUGAAUGUUUUAUAAAAUAAAUAUAAAU